AAAACUUCCACAAAAACUACCGGUAACUCGAGAGCCGUCUCGCCACAGUCAGCCACUUGUUCCUUCCUCCAUCUUUUGGCGUAACAGGAGAACAUACAUCGUUUGGCCCUCUUGAAUGGUGUAUUUGUCUGCGCUUUCAGAUUCAUCCGACAUCUGGAUAUGUUUUCUAGGGUCACUCAAUCGGGCGCCGCUUGAGCCAGAGCCGCGAGCGAGGAUUCGGCUAACGUUAGUCAGAGCGUGUGCGGUUGAUUCUGACGGGCAGUAGGGCACGAUGUCGGGUGUGACGCUACAGAACAGAUGUCUGCGGGGUCUGGCAGAAGGUGACCUCAUGGACCCUGAGUUUCAGCAGCGUGUGGAAGAUGCAAUUGCCCUUCUCCGGCAAGAGAUCCAGAGGGAGCUGAAGAUCAAGGAGGCGGCUGAGCGACUACGCAGAGCGGUGACCAACCGCAAGAACGCAGCUGAUGUUGAUGAUCAGCUUAGAGCUUCCAACCGCAAGCUUGAGCAACUCCACUGGGAGCUCCAGGAACUGAAUGCACGUGCUAUGGCCACACAGAAAGAGACAGUGACAGAUGAUGCCACCUCUCCAGACCCCUGCCACUGGGAAGAGGUCACAUCACCCUUAGGCAGCCGUGUCCGCACCUUAAAAAAACAGCUUACCAUGGAGCUCAAAGUGAAACAAGGAGCUGAAAACAUUAUCCAGACUUAUGCCAGCAGUUCUGUCAAGGAUCGGAAGAUGCUGUCCACAGCCCAGCAGAUGCUGCAGGAUAGCAAGACAAAAAUCGAGCUGCUCCGCAUGCAAAUUGUCAAAGUCACCCAGGCCAGAGAAGGAGAGCGAGAGACCGCACAGCCAGAGGGUCGCCCCUCUGAGACAAUAAGUCCACUGGAGCUGCGGCUGGAGGAGCUCAGGCAUCAUCUGAGGAUCGAGGCAGCUGUGGCUGAAGGUGCAAAAAAUGUGGUCAAGCAGCUCGGUGUACGCAAAGUGCAGGACCGGCGUGCCCUUGGAGAAGCUCAGGCCCGUUUGCAGGAGUCUUCUCAGAAACUGGACCUGUUGCGUUUGUCCCUGGAGCAAAGGCUCGGAGAACUUCCAAAUGACCAUCCCAAAAGAGCCGCCAUCAAAGAGGAGCUGACAGUGGGGUCCUCACCUGUCGUAGGCCUGCAGAGAGAUCGCCUGCGUUCUUCGUCUUCGGCAUCUUCUUCGCUCUUUAAACCAGCCAGCCUAACCGGGCGACUGGAGGUAAGACUGAUGGGUUGUCAAGACCUGCUGGAGGUAGUUCCGGGUCGCUGUCGGGUGAGCGGUGUGUCCUCCGCCCCUGGGAGCCCCGUUGAGUCCAAAUCACUGAGGAUGAGGACCGGCCUCUCCACCCGCAGCACCAAUGGCAAGACUACAAAGACCGAUGAGAUUUCUUCUGAGAUCAGCGCUGUAUUAAAAGUGGAUAACAAAAUAGUCGGUCGCACUCACUGGCGGCUGCUGAGUAAGGAUGCCUGGGAUCAGACCUUCAGCAUUGAACUCGAACGGUCUCGGGAGCUGGAGAUUGCCGUGUACUGGCGAGACUGGAGAUCGCUCUGUGCCGUGAAGUUCCUGCGUUUAGAAGAUUUCCUAGACAACCAGAGGCACGGCAUGUGCCUUUACCUAGAGCCACAGGGCACUCUGUUCACAGAGGUGAAAUUCAUGAACCCUGUCAUCGAGCGUCAUCCGAAACUACAGAGACAGAAACGGAUUUUUCCUAAGGAGAAAGGGAAGAAUUUCUUGCGGGCGGCUCAGAUGAAUAUGAACUUUGCCACAUGGGGACGUUUGAUGAUGAGCGUGCUGCCCCCCUGCAACAGCACUGUCGCCGCCUUGAGCCCCCCGUUGCCUGGCACUGAGCCCAUGUCCCCUCCAAGUGUAUCCACACCCCUAUCUUCUGGAGAUUCAGCAGUUGUUAAACUCAACUUCAGUGAGGAGCGCCCCGCCAAGCCCCCACGCCUCCACUUGGCAAAUACUCCCACGACAGAUGCCUCACUUUCUGUGACUCCAGCCAGAGAGAAUUAUUAUGAGGAUCACCAAGUUUUCAAAGGCAGGCCUGCGUCCCAGCCUGCACCUCAGAGGAAAAGGGGGAUGCAGAUGGAGGAUUUUAAUUGCCUUUCCGUUUUAGGAAGAGGGCACUUUGGAAAGGUCCUACUGGCUGAGUUCAAGCGGACAGGGAGACUGUAUGCCAUUAAAGCCUUGAAGAAAGGGGAUGUGGUGACCCGGGAUGAAGUGGACAGUUUAAUGUGUGAAAAGCGGAUUUUUGAGACCAUCAAUGUAUCCCACCAUCCUUUCCUGGUGAACAUGCAUGGGUGCUUCCAGACGUCUGACCACGUGUGUUUUGUGAUGGAGUAUUCACCUGGAGGAGACCUGAUGACCCACAUUCACAACAACAUCUUCUCUGAUCGGCAGGCCAGGUUUUAUGCUGGUUGUGUAUUACUAGGCCUGGAGUUUCUGCAUCAGAACAAAAUUGUAUAUAGGGAUCUAAAGCUAGACAAUUUGCUAAUGGAUUCUGAUGGCUUUGUGAAAAUUGCAGAUUUUGGACUUUGCAAAGAAGGUAUGGGAUAUGGUGAUCGUACAUCAACCUUUUGUGGCACCCCAGAGUUCCUUGCUCCAGAGGUUUUAACAGACAGCAACUACACCCGUGCUGUAGACUGGUGGGGUCUGGGUGUGCUCAUCUAUGAGAUGUUGGUGGGAGAGUCUCCAUUUCCUGGUGAUGAUGAAGAGGAGGUGUUUGACAGCAUAGUAAAUGAUGAAGUACGAUACCCCAGGUUUCUGUCCCCAGAUUCAGUCUCGAUAAUGCAGAAGUUGCUGCAGAAGAACCCCGAAAGAAGAUUGGGAGCAGGAGAGCAAGAUGCUAAUGACGUGAAAAGGCACAGAUUCUUCCAGGGCAUAGACUGGGAGGCCCUGUUGGCCAAAAAAGUCAAACCUCCUUUCCUUCCAUCGAUUAAAACCCCAGGAGACGUCAGUAAUUUCGACUCGGAGUUCACACGCCUGAAGCCAGUGCUGACCCCUCCACAGACUCCCUUCUUCCUCACGGCCGAGCAGCAGGAAUUCUUCGCAGACUUUGACUUUUCUGCUCUGCACUGACUUCCUCUCAGAUGAUACAUCACUCGUUUGUUCUCUAUCCAAUUCUGUCUACAAUUAUGCGGCAAAGUGUCACUUUCGACUAUUGUAUGCUUUUUGUGAAACAUGGCUGCUAUUGUGUGCUUCGGCUCCAAAGACCAUCCUUGAAGGACCACCGCUGGACUUUAAAAGUAAGAAGAAACGUACGACCAGAACACUGCGACCGUCUGAACGAGAGGUUUCAGUUUCACUGUGAGUAAGCUCGGCUCUGCUCAGCUUUUAACUGCCCAUCCUGCUUUUGUUUUCAUGUAUGUUAUUUUUGCUUAUACUGUUUGUUGUCUGUGACACUUCCUUUGUGGUGUUUACCAGUCAUCAGAUGUUUAUUUUUGUAGCCGGUCCAGCUGGUAAAAGAGUCUUCCUGUCACACUGACUAUGAUGCCAAAAUACACUGUUGCACUGUUAACCGAACAGAUGAUGAACGCGUCAGACUGAGAUGCGGUGGGGAGGGAAACGCUGCGCUGUCUUCUAGCUCAGUUUUUAAGGAUUUCUGAUGUAGUGCUGAUCUGAGCAAUAAAUGCAGCCGGAGAAUCGUAAGCUCCUUAGGUUUUACUCCGUAACUAUUGGAGUUAGUACUUAUAGAUCAUGCAAAUUCUUCCAUGUCAUGUAUGUUCAUGUUAAACCCUCACGUUUGUGUGUGACUCGAAAAUGUUGAUCUCUGGUUGUCCCUAAUCUGGAUUUGAUUUAGGAUUGGUGCCCCAGAUAAAUGUUGCUCGUCUCUUUCCGAAUCCAACACUUAAUUGUUGUUAAAUGUCUUGUGAGUGUUCAGCUGCAGCUUUUGCAUUCAGCUCUGUCCUCCUUGUCUGUAUAUUUCCUCUGUACACAUGUGCAUACGGUUCAAGACUGUUGAAUUAGGUGAACCGUAUUCUUCUUUGUCUUGGCAUGAUACGAUUAGCACAUUGAUAUUUAAUUAAACCAUGAAUGACUAUUUAUGAAUCUUAGGUGAUGAAGAGCUGUAUAUCCGAGUUGUUUGUUCAUUCAUUAAUGUUUGUCUGUAUUUUCUUUUGACUACAUCAGAUUAUUGUUUUACCGAGUAUAUCCAAUGCGAUUUACUACUGAUAGGUUACACUGUGAACAAAAAUGACACUAAAAUAUUUAAAGGAAACCUGCCCUUUCUAUGAGCUAUGUGAAGGACAAAAUAAACAGAAGUAAAUGUUAUAAAAGGUUAUGAAUGUAUUUUUAAAAAAUAAAAUACAACGUGACCAUG